GUCAGCGGAUGUAGCAAUUACAACGCUGGAUGGAAAGGAGGAUCCACGUGGGUUGUUUCUCCGGUCAAGCACACAGACACUGAAGGUUAAAGCAGGCUGUCGAGGCUCUUUGUUGAACGGGAUCCGCGCGCAGACCGGUGGGUUUUUGUCGAGGGGGAACCGAAAGGACGUUUGCAGAAAUGGACCCGAUGAAAGCGCAGCAGCUCGCCGCAGAGCUGGAGGUGGAGAUGAUGGCUGACAUGUACAACCGGAUGACCAACGCGUGUCACAGGAAAUGUGUUCCCCCUCAUUAUAAGGAAGCGGAGCUCUCGAAGGGGGAAGCUGUUUGUCUGGACCGCUGUGUGGCCAAAUACUUGGACUUGCAUGAGAGACUCGGCCGAAAACUCACAGAGCUCUCGGUUCAGGAUGAGGAGGUGAUGAGGAAAGCUGCUGCUGGAACUGGAUAAUCUUAUAUAAACUCCAAGGGUGGGGGAUCAAGUCCUUGGAUGAUGGGGUUUAUGGGAGAAGUGGGCACAAUUUGGACAUCCAAACAGGGAAAUCUGACAGGAUUGCCCAUGGAUAUAUACCUUCUAAAGUGAAUAUGAACACAUAUUGACUUUCUGUUAGAUAUGCCAUGUGAGGGGUAAAGCGUUUUGGAGGAGAUGAUUGGAUGUUUUACCUCAGAAGUUGAUGAGUGUUUUGGCUUUAGCAGUUAUUGACAGGAAUAAGAUGUCUUGUUGAAGAAAUUUGAGAAUUGAUGUCCUUGUGAAAUUGUUGGUAACUUUUUAUGUUGGCUCUGGUCAUUGUUAUUUCUGUCGUUUUACUAAAUCUUUCUUUAUUGGUCAACAAAAUAAAAAUGUUUACCAUUUUGUCAUGUUCUUAAAUAUUUUUAAAUUGUUUUUGCAGACAUAGAAAAGCAAGGAACAGACAGACAAACCAUCAAAUAACAAUAAUCUGUGCUAAAUGUAAAAUAAAGCAUGAAACAAGGGAAAAUAGUGACAUACAAGACAUAUAUCACCUACAAAAAUACACAGCAAUGGAUGCAAAAUUCUUGCAAAUGGAUUACAAAUCUUAAGAAAUUAAACAACACUAUUAGUCUUUAUGGGGUUUUAGAGACUGGAUCCCACAUUUUAUUAAAUUUCCCAAAUUUUUCAGAGUUCCCAGAAGUGGUAUAUCUCUAAUUCUUUCCAAAUGUAAAGGGGUGAGUCCAAGAAGCCCAGUCUGAAAAAGAGGCCUGGCAUAUUUCUUCCAGAAACCAAGGAUAACUUCUUUUAGCUAUAUAUAGCUAAUUUUGCUAUACUGAACAGGUAACCAUACAUGUUGGUUUAGUCUCCAGAAAAUCUGAGCCGCCAAAAAUUGCCAUCAUUGGGUCAGGGAGUAAAACACAAUCGCAAACCUUACUAAGGUACUGAAAUAUUUCAAACCAAAAAAAUCUGAAUUUGAACACCGUAGCAAAAAAGAUGUGCACAGCAGCUUUACACUUGUCACGUGUAGGGUAAACUGAGGGAUAGAAUUUACUAAGCUUGUUUUUUUUAAUAGUGAAGUCUGUGUAAUACGUUGUACUGAAUAAGGCUGUCUAGAAUUUAUAAAUCGUGAAUAAACAGGUAACAUUGUCA